AUGACGUCCGAACACUUAGGAGUUGUUGACGCGCUUCCAUACUUCGAUAAAGGAUAUGAUGAUCCUGGAAUAAGAGAAGCUGCAGCUCUUCUAGUCGAAGAGGAGAUGAAACGAUACAGGCCGACAAAAAACUAUUUGGAACAUCUUCCCUCUUUAUGUGGACCGAUUCAAAUGAAGUUCGAAACUGAGGUGAUGAAAGCUGAGUUUGACAGGCUCUCCAACCGUCUACCAAUGGAAAUGUUAAGUAUGAAACGUUACGAGUUGCCGCCGCCGCCUGCUGGAAAAAUGACCGACGUGAAAGCUUGGCAAGACGCAAUGGAGAAUGCUGAAGCACAGUUAGAACAUCAAGCAACAAGAAUUGAAAAUCUCGAAUUAAUGGCCGAAUAUGGAUGCAAUGCUUGGAAACAGUACAACAAUGUUUUAGAAAACUCUCUGCAAAUUUACGAGAAAGAGCUCUUGGAAAUAAGGUGA